ACACGCCUGAUCGUCGGCAAAUACACGAAUACCAUGGACGUGGUGGUCAAGACUUACAAAAACGGAGGCGCGUCUGCAUUUUUCAAAGGUUUCUGGCCUAGUACAUUAAGUAUUUUCUUGUUCACUGGCAUUGAGCUUAUGACUUACGAACAUAUCAAAGAAAAUUAUUCCCAUUACUGCGAAAAAGACGACUGUCUGAGGUUGAUUGUUAACUUUUACUCGGCAUUUAUCUCCAGCACUGUGGGUGUCGUGAUAUGUUAUCCGAUAUCUACGGUUAUCACUAGACUUCAAGUUGAUGACGGACACUCGAGCGGAACGAUGAAAAAGGUGUCGGAAAAAUGUAGCCUGCGACGGCCGUUUUCAGCAAACUUCCUAUGCAGCGGUCUACUGCUUUACAGAGGCAUCGGUGGCAGUAUCGUGAAAAUGUUACCCACCACUUCCAUUGGCUACGUGAUCUACGAAGAGUUGUGCAAGUCGUUCGGCGUGCGGAUGUCGUGAAGCAUAUUACAU